ACGCCGUGCUAGGGAAUUGUGGGAAGUGGUCCGUGAUUUCUGAUUAGUCGCUGGAAGGUUCUUUUCGCUGGAGGGCUCGAGGAGCUAGUGUUUGGAUCCACAGGGACGCUCCAGCUGUUCUCAGCCUUGUCGGGGAGCAAGCGGGACCCUGGCCCUCGUCUGGAGGAGGACCCGAGAAGCUGUUGCCAGUUGAGAGGAUGGAGUUGGGAGCAGUUUGUGUUCUUUCCUCUCGGCUGAGCCUCCGGUUUGAAGCGCAGGACACGCCGCAGACAAAACCUCUUGGACACCAGGUUUGUGAAGGAAAUGGCUUUUUAUUCAGCUGGGAGUCUCGGCAGACUCACAUCUCAAGAACUGAGCUCCCUGGCUGGAAAAUCCUGGCCUCUUUGAAAGACUUAGAGGCUACGUGUGAGAGGAUCGUGAUCGAUGAGGGCUGCAAUUCUUCACAAAUUUGCUGGUUUGUUGUUGUUGUUGUUAAUGAGAAAAACCUAAAUUCCACUGACAUCAGAGAACUGCUUCAACCGGGCAAAACGGCAAGAAGCCAUGAAGGGGAUUCUGGAUGUUGUAGUCCAGGAGAGCCAAGAAUUUGGAGAUUGUUUUGUCACACUCUCGGAAGGAUUGAGUCAUCAGGCUCCUGUGCAUGGGAAUGUUUACUGUCGUUCAUAAGGGAUAGAGAUUCCAUCGUGCUAACUCACGGCAUCUUUUUUUUUUUUUUCCCACCGCCUCCGAAUUUGCAAAGAGGAGGAGGGAGGGACUUCUUUGCUUCUUCCAGCGUAGCCCAGGAGGCUGUGACAUUCAAGGAUGUGGCUGUGGUCUUCUCCAGCGAGGAACUGCGACUGCUGGAUCUUACACAGAGGAAGCUGUACCAAGAUGUCAUGGUGGAGAACUUCAAGAACCUGGUUGCAGUGGAUAUGGUAUCCCAACUGGAAGCAGAAGAAAAGCUUUGGAUGAUGGAAGCAGAAACCCAAAGAAGCAGCAAGCAUCAAAAUAAGAUGGAGACUCUUCAAAAAUUUGCAUUAAAAUACCUUUCAAAUCAAGAGCUGUCCUGCUGGCAAAUCUGGAAACAAGUUGCAAAUGAAUUAACCAGGUGUCUACAGGGGAAGAGUUCCCACUUAGUACAAGGUGACUCUAUUCAGGUUUCUGAAAAUGAGAACAAUAUAAUGAACUCUACAGGAGAUAGCUCUGUUUAUAUUGAAAAUCAGGAGUUUCUGUUUUGGAGAACCCAGCAUUCUUGUAGGAAUACAUAUCUGAGUGAGUCACAGAUUCAGAGUAGAAGUAAGCAAACUGAUGUGAAAAAUAACCUGCAUAUACAUGAAGACUUAAUGAAGAAAUCAUCAUGUCAUGAGCAUAUUAAAACUGACACAGAACCAAAACCCUGCAAAGGUAAUGAAUGUGGCAAAAUCAUUAGUGAUGGCUCCAAUCAGAAAUUAUCCUUAGGAGAGAAACCCCAUCCAUGUGGUGAGUGUGGAAUGGGCUUCAUUUAUAGCCCAGGGCUUCCCCUUCAUCAGAAUGUUCACACAGGAGAAAAAUACCUUAGUCAAAGCUCACAUCUGCAAACUCAUGAGAGAAUUCACCCGGGAGAGAAACUCAAUAGAUAUUAUGGAUCUGGUAAUUGCUUCAAUAAGAACUCUUUCCAUUUUUAUCAAUCUAAUACAGGAGAGAAGUCCUAUAGAUGUGACAGCUGUGGCAAAGGAUUCAGUAGCAGCACGGGUCUUAUCAUUCAUUACAGAACUCAUACUGGAGAGAAACCGUAUAAAUGCGAGGAAUGUGGUAAAUGCUUUAGUCAAAGUUCAAAUUUUCAGUGCCAUCAGAGAGUCCAUACUGAAGAAAAACCAUACAAAUGUGAAGAGUGUGGUAAGGGCUUCGGCUGGAGUGUUAAUCUCCGUGUUCACCAGAGGGUCCACAGGGGUGAGAAACCCUAUAAAUGUGAGGAGUGUGGUAAGGGCUUCACUCAGGCUGCACAUUUUCAUAUCCAUCAGAGAGUCCACACUGGGGAGAAACCGUACAAAUGUGAUGUGUGUGGUAAGGGCUUCAGCCACAAUUCACCAUUAAUAUGCCAUCGGAGAGUCCACACUGGAGAGAAGCCAUACAAAUGUGAGGCGUGUGGGAAAGGCUUUACACGUAAUACAGAUCUGCAUAUUCAUUUCAGAGUUCACACGGGAGAGAAACCCUAUAAAUGUAAGGAGUGUGGUAAGGGCUUCAGUCAGGCUUCGAAUCUUCAAGUCCAUCAGAAUGUCCACACUGGGGAGAAACGAUUCAAAUGUGAAACGUGUGGGAAGGGCUUCAGUCAGUCCUCAAAGCUUCAAACCCAUCAGAGAGUCCACACUGGAGAGAAACCAUACAGAUGUGAUGUGUGUGGUAAGGACUUCAGUUACAGUUCAAAUCUUAAACUACAUCAAGUAAUUCACACAGGAGAAAAACCAUAUAAAUGUGAGGAAUGUGGAAAGGGCUUUAGUUGGAGAUCAAAUCUUCAUGCGCAUCAAAGAGUUCACUCAGGAGAGAAACCCUAUAAAUGUGAGCAAUGUGAUAAAAGCUUCAGUCAGGCCAUAGAUUUUCGGGUACAUCAGAGAGUCCAUACUGGAGAGAAGCCAUACAAAUGUGGUGUCUGUGGUAAGGGCUUCAGUCAGUCCUCUGGUCUUCAAUCCCAUCAGAGAGUCCACACAGGGGAAAAGCCAUACAAAUGUGAUGUGUGUGGAAAGGGCUUUAGAUACAGUUCACAGUUUAUAUACCAUCAGAGAGGCCAUACUGGAGAAAAACCUUACAAAUGUGGAGAGUGUGGAAAAGGUUUUGGUAGGAGCUUGAAUCUUCGCCAUCAUCAGAGGGUCCACACGGGAGAGAAACCCCAUGUAUGUGAGGAGUGUGGUAAGGCUUUCAGUCUCCCCUCAAAUCUUCGAGUCCAUCUGGGUGUUCACACCAGGGAAAAACUCUUCAAAUGUAAAGAGUGUGGUAAAGGCUUCAGUCAGAGUGCACGUCUUCAAGCUCAUCAGAGAGUCCACACUGGAGAAAAACCAUACAAAUGUGACAUAUGUGAUAAGGACUUCCGUCACCGUUCACGUCUUACAUAUCAUCAGAAAGUCCAUAUUGACAAAAAGCUUUAGAAAUGAGAAGUGUGUUACCAACUUCUGUCUGAAUGCACAUCUUCAAGUUUUUGGAGAGUCCGUGCUAGUGGUAAACCCCGUAAAAGUAUUGAGAAUGGAAGAGGAUCUUCCUAACAAAUCCAUCAAGAUGACAUAGAACCAUGAACAGGAAUAGAAUUCGUAUUUAGGGGAGAAAUAGAGCUGCGGCUCUCUUGGUAAGAUCUAGUUAUAAAUGAUGAUCUUUCAAUGUGAAUAUAUGCCUGAAGAUAAUGUGUGGAAGGAUAUUUGCCAUACGCUAACUGGUUUUUUGGCCAGGAAGAGUUUCGGAUUAUUAUUCCUGUAAUUGCCAUUUUAUAUUUACAGUGAUCAUUAUUUUCACUAAAAGCUGUAAAGCUUUGAAAAAUGAAUAAAAUUACUAAAAAUUUUCUGUA